AUGGUAUCUCGCCUCAGUCACGUCGUCUUCUCGACGGCAGCCAUGCUUCGUCUUGCCACCGCUACCUUUGUCGAUUCGCCCAACGAUCCUAUGCCGAAGAAGUGGGAGAAAUCUCUACCGAUGGCAUGGGAUAACACCGAAAUCAUGUUAAACGCCAUGUUCCCAGAUGGGCCCGGCUUCACAAAGUAUCACAACUGGGCUCUUGACCAGAUCAUCGAUGGAAAUGGCACUGUCAAUGUUUGCAUGAGAUGGAACUCGGACAAGGUCCUCGAUGAGGAAACCAGAAAUGAUAUCCACACCCAACUCGUUCAACAAUAUGAGCAGUGGCUCGAGUGGCUCCCAGGCUGGGAUAACUUCCCCUUCAAAGAGGUCAAGCACAAUGUCAUCGCAUGGGCUGUAGCCAACGAGAGCCAGCUGGUAGGAAACCGCGAUGAUUUUCAUGUCUACACCGAGUUCAAAGACGAUAAUGGAGUUCCUACCUGCGAUCCCGGUUGCUCACGACACCUGAACUCUGACGGAGACUUUUCCAAGUGUGGCCGCGGUAAAGAGAAUCGAUUCCAGCAGUACUUCCUGGUCGACAAGAGCUGGGGCGAGCACAACAUGGGUGCAGCUGGAGGUGAGGGCAUCACUAUCAGCGAGUAUGGCUGGGACACUGUUGGAAGCCAGUUGGGUAACUGGUCUAUCUUGGUUCACGAGGUGGGCCAUACCUUUGGCCUCCGCGAUUACGUCAACGACCACAGCAACGAGACUUCCCUCUGUUCCAUCCUGUGGCUUCCGCCCAACCUCGACGAGCAAAUGGUCAUGGAGCCUACAGACCAGGGUGCUCAUCUCACCAAGAUCACUCGAUUCGAGGGGUGGUUCGUUCGUUAUCUGUGGAGUCGCUUCUCCCGACUUCGAGGCUGGCAGAAUGAUGGAACUACUUACCCGCCUACCCCCGAGUGCCCUCCUGGGUCAUUUGAGUAG